AUGGAGAACGCUAACGGUGCCAGCCAGAGCGCGGCGGAGGAAUCUCUCCCGGCCGAUGGGCGAGCCGGGAGCACCACUCCGCAGGGAGAACAGGGCCAGCUCCUUUAUCACGAGGAGACCAUCGACCUCGGUGGAGACGAGUUUGGGUCUGAAGAGAACGAGACUAUAUCGGAAAAUUCUAAUCAUUUUGUAGAUAAGCUUAAUGAGCACAUGAUGGAGAGUGUCCUCAUUUCUGACUCUCCUAACAAUAGCGAGGACGACACAGGUGAGCUGGGCUGUUUGCAGGAUGUCGUGGAGCCUGCAGACGAUCACGCUGAUCCCAGACCGGAAAGUCUGGUGGGUGAAGGAGCAGUCGACACCCUGAGCAAUGACACUGGAAGCGACGGAGACGGGGGAGACCGUGCAUCUAAAGGCUCUGACGCGACCCCCGACCCAGAGCUCGAAGAAGUAAAAGGUGCUCCCGCCUUGGGAGAAGAGGGUGCCGAGGACCCGGGCCCGGAGGGGCCGGGGCACAGCCCGCCUUGCAGGCAGUCCCCUCGUGAGGAGGAGCCCGUGCCCGUGUGCACCAUUUUCAGCCAGUCGUUCGCCCGCUCCCAGCCGCCCCUGCUGCUGCGGGACGGCUUCCAGUCCCAGAUGGUGAAGUCUCCGAGCUGUGGCGGUGCCAGCGACACGGUGGCCAAGACCCCUCCCCAGGCGGUCCAGCCAAGCCCCAGCCUCAGUAAAUUCUUUGGUGACCCCAGCAACUCUAGUUCCUUGGCCUCGGACUUCUUUGAUUCCUUCACCACGUCCACUUUCAUCUCCGUCAGUAACCCCAACGCGGGCUCUUCCGUUCCCGAGAAACGGUCUUCGCUCUCCACUCCGGUGGGACAGAGAUCCCCGGGUUCUGCUGCGCCCUGUCUCUCCCCGGGGAUUGAAAAGUCAGAGUCCGCCGUUCCCACGGCUUCCCUAGAAAUUCCUCAGUCUCCAAAACCGUUUUCCCAGAUCCAGGCCGUGUUUGCAGGGAGCGAGGACCCCUUUGCCACCGCCCUGAGCAUGAGCGAGAUGGACCGCAGGAGCGAUGCCUGGCUCCCCGGGGAGGGGACCCGGGACAUCUUGAUUUCAGUGGCAACCCAGCAGUACAGCACGGUGUUCGUAGACAAGGAGAGCCUCACCAUGCCGGGCCUCAAGUUCGACAACAUCCAGGGGGAUGCAGUUAAAGACCUGAUGCUUCGCUUCCUGGGUGAGAGAGCCGCGGCAAAGAGGCGGGUCUUAAAUGCUGAGUCCGUGGAGCAGACUUUUGUCGGGUUGAAGCAGCUAAUCAGCUGCAGGAACUGGAGGGCGGCGGUCGACCUGUGCGGGCGCCUUCUCACCGCCCACGGCCAAGGCUACGGCAAGAGCGGGCUGCCCACCAGCCACACAGCAGACUCGCUGCAGCUUUGGUUUGUGAGGCUGGCGCUACUGGUGAAGCUGGGCCUCUUCCAGAACGCCGAAAUGGAGUUCGAGCCCUUUGGAAACCUGGAUCAGCCAGAUCUCUAUUACGAGUACUACCCUCAAGUGUACCCGGGCCGGAGGGGCUCCAUGGUGCCCUUUUCGAUGAGGAUCUUACACGCGGAGCUUCAGCAGUACCUGGGGAACCCGCAGGAGUCACUGGACAGGCUGCACCGAGUGAAGGCCGUCUGCAGCAAGAUCCUGACAAAUCUGGAGCAGGGCUUGGCUGAGGACGGAAGUGUGAACAGCAUCACGCCGGAGAACAGACGAGCCUCCGUUCGGCUGUGGCGGUCCCGCCUGGGCCGGGUGACGUGCUCCAUGGCAAACUGCCUGCUCCUGAUGAAGGAUUACGUGCUGGCUGUGGAUGCCUAUCGCUCAGUCAUCCAGUAUUACCCCGAGCAGGAGCCCCAGCUACUGAGUGGUAUCGGCCGGAUCUUUCUACAGAUUGGAGACAUAAAAACAGCUGAGAAGUAUUUUCAAGAUGUGGAGAAAGUGACGCAGAAGUUGGACGGACCACAAGGCAAAAUAAUGGUUUUAAUGAACAGAGCCUUCCUUCACCUCGGUCAGAAUAACUUUGCAGAAGCCCACAGGUUCUUCACAGAAAUCCUAAGGAUUGAGCCGACAAACGCAGUGGCCAACAACAACGCCGCCGUGUGUCUGCUCUACCUGGGCAGACUCAAGGACUCCCUGCGGCAGCUGGAGGCCAUGGUCCAGCAGGACCCCACGCACUACCUGCACGAGAGCGUGCUCUUCAACCUGACCACCAUGUACGAGCUGGAGUCCUCCCGCAGCGCGCAGAAGAAGCAGGCUCUGCUCGAGGCCGUCGCCAGCAAAGAAGGGGACAGCUUCAACACACAGUGCCUCAAGCUGGCGUAG